AGGACCGGCCAAAGCGCUCACUGACGCCGCACGGACAAAAAAAACACCUCCAACUCCACUUCAAUGUAAAAGCCCCCCCGCGCUAUUAAGCGGACAAAAGACGUCUCGCGUGCAUGUGUGUUUUGUUUUAUCUAUUUUCCCGCACCCCCCCCUCAACCCCCUUCUUCUUCUUCUUGUUGUCAUUAUAACGGAAUAACGCGACACAGGAGAGCUCCCUAUCGAUAAGUGUUAUGAGGCGACCAUGAGUAGCGCAGAAGACAGCGGGAGCAAGGGCUCGACGGGGCCCAUUUCCAGCUUCACCAUCCGAUCCAUCCUGGGCACGCCGCCGUCCGAGGCGCCCCCAACCCCAACCCCGGCCCCGCACCCUCACCCGCCGCCACCUUCGCUGCUGCUACCGCCGCCGCGCUCCGGUAGCAAAGAACUCGCCAAGGGACUAGUGGCGACGCGGAGGAGGACGCUGUCCGUGUCCUCCGAGGAGGAGUGCAGCGGCGGCGAAGACGCGGCGGACUGCUUCUGCUCCGAGCCGGCCCGCCGACAAGCGUGCGGACCGCACCGGCAGCACAACGCCUUCUCGUGCUUAGGUCCCGCCAAAGGGCUCCUGUCCGCCAACGAGGGUCUGGCGAGGCGGCCGCCCCUCCUGCACGACUACAACAAAGAGGAGGAUCAGGAUCGAGCCCUGCUGUCCCCCUUGUCAGAGGAGCGGCAGUCGGACGCUGCCGACAAGCACCCGCAGGGCUCCUCGGCCAAGAAGAAGACGCGCACCGUGUUCUCUCGCAGCCAGGUCUACCAGCUGGAGUCCACGUUCGACAUGAAGCGCUACCUGAGCAGCUCGGAACGCGCCUGCCUGGCGUCCAGCCUGCAGCUGACCGAAACGCAGGUCAAGACGUGGUUUCAGAACCGCAGGAACAAAUGGAAGCGGCAGCUCUCGGCUGAGCUGGAGGCGGCCAAUAUGGCGCACGCGUCGGCGCAGACUCUCGUGGGCAUGCCGCUGGUUUUCCGGGAGAACUCCUUGCUGCGCGUCCCCGUGCCACGUUCCAUCGCCUUCCCCACGCCGCUCUACUACCCCGGGAGCAACCUGCCCGCCCUGCCUUUAUACAACCUGUACAAUAAGGUUGACUACUGAUACGGACGCACACCUUCUGGUUCUGAUAAGCCCUGCAGGGGUGUCCAAACCUUUCCCUCCGUGGCCCACUUUGACAUUAAUUUAUUCAACACAUUAAAGCCGACCCAUCAAGAGAUUAGAUAUUGUUUAUAUACUGUAUUAUAGUUGUUUUUGGAAAGCUGUUAAAAGUGAUGGGACUAUUUUUUGGGGGCAAUGGAUGAGGCUUGAACGGAUUAAUGGCAUUUCCAUUCAUUUCAAUGGAGGAGUAUGAUUUGUAAAUGUUUUGAGGCAUUUUUCAGUCAGAAUCUGGAGACAUUUAGUUACUGGUGAAGUUGUAUUUUCUUUUCUUUUUUUGUACGUGUGUCUUUGCCAACAAAAGCUCGAUAUAAAACAGUUAAUUCGUGAAAUAGGCGUUAUAGUGGUUGGCCCACUUUGCAUUUCUCUGAUUUUUUUUUUAAACAUUGCAAGUCGUGUCAAAUGUUUUGAAUAUAUGCUGUGUGUCGCAAAAAAAAAAAAAAACAUGGAUGCAAAUCCCCCAGGGGCCACAGUUUGGACACCCCCGCUAUAGCCUGUAUAUUGACUGUAUGAGGAGGCAUUCAAGAGGGCAACCAAGCUUCCCUGUAUGUAUUAAAUACACCAUGUGUAUUAUGAAUUCAAAUCCUUUUCUACCGUUUAGUUGAAUUUGACCACUCAUCCACCAUUUUAGCCUUUGCAUCACCCAAAAAUAUAAUGUAUACAUUUUUUUCCCCCAUUAUGUAUUUUUUUUUAAACAAAAAACACAAUACUUCCAUUUAAGGAACACAAAUGUCCUUGUUUUUAUUGUCAUUUAACGCUCCGGGAAUAACCUCAUUCAAUAAAUUUUCUAUUCCAGUCCAAA